AUGACUUAUUCGACAGAAUCACAGCCCGAGACCAAGAAGAGUAUCUCAUUCGAAUCAGCAGAAACAGAUUCUUCAUCAACUGGACUUUUGGAGAAGUUUAACAAUACUGAAGCUCUUGAAGACGACCUCAGAUUUAUACGCCAACCGCCUCCGCGUUACUCACCGCGAUGGCUGAUGGUACACAUCUGCGUCUUAUUACUUUACACUUGUAUAUUGGUUGGAGCACUCUUCAAAGUUUGGUCGUUGCCGGAACAGAAGCUAUUGCCAAGUCAUGACAAUGCUCUAGAUAUGCUUUACUCUCCCAUGCGUGAUGCGGUCCGUUACGAAGUUAAAACACUUCACAAUUCCGUUAAUGCUACGAGCAAGUACAAAGGGCCGCCAACGCCUGAGGUUGAUAAAGCUUGGAGGGCGGUUUUCGAUUAUGGUGAACUCAGAAUCAACGAUGAAGAUCUCAAGCACAUGAACCGCACAUCCGUGAAAUUGGCUGAUGGCUCAGGGCAAUACGUUGGAAGUCCAGAUGCAAGUAACACCAGUCAAGCGGUUUUUCAAACAAACUCUAACAUUGAGCGAAACCAGACCUACCACCAACUUCACUGCUUGUGGUAUAUCUUCCGCAACGUGCACCCCGAAUUCUACACAGUAGAACCCACAAACGUCCCCGUGAUAGAUCAUCUCGAUCAUUGCAUCGACUCGCUCCGCAACUUCAUCCAGUGCCAUGCCACAACUAGCGUGCAGACCUACUCUUGGUUGCCAGACUUGCAUAUACCGUGGGCAAAUUUCGAGGUCGAUAAUAUCUGUGUUGACUGGGACUAUUACACGAAUUGGGUGACCCAGCAUUCAAUUCAGGACAUUUAUGAUCCGCAUAUUUUUGUGCAUCCAACGAUGGGCCCGUCAUUUCCGGAUGGAAAACCGACAACAGGUACAAAGGGGCAUGAUCAUGGAAUAGGAGGUGCUUGA